UGGAGGUAAAAUGGCGUCGGGUGCCAUUUCAACGGAGUCCAGAAAGAUAUCAGAAUUAAGAGUUGUUGAUCUUAAGUCCGAGCUCAAACGAAGGAAUUUGGAUACAACUGGUAUAAAGAACGUGCUUCUUUCAAGACUGAGACAGGCGAUUGAGGAUGAAGGUGGCGACCCAGAAAACAUUCAAAUACAGCUUUCUGCUGAUGCAUCAUCUCACAAAAGUGGAAAGGCCAAAGCCAAAAAAGUGGAUUCAGAUGUGGACACCACAGUGGAAGAAGAUGUGCUCACCAAGGAAACUGAAGAGUUUGAAUCAGAAAAAGAUGUAACUGAUACAGAUGAAGGUAAUCGUGACAAUUCUAAGCCUGCGCCCUGUGAGGACAGCCUUGCUCACUCUGAGGCUGAACCUGAACCCGAACCCGAGUCAGAAGUUGUGGCGGCUGAGGCUGAUUCAGAGCCUGAGCCAGAGUUGGACGAAGACGCUGAGCCAGAGGAGGUGGAUGAGGAGGAUGAACCAGAGGGGGAGGCCAAACUGGCUGAGAUGGACGCUGAAGCCAUGCACUCCUCUAAAGAAGCCGAGGACGAUCACCUAUCCGUCUCAAUCCCAAAUGAAGAUGCCAUCACCCUAGAUGUUGAUGGUGACGAUCUCCUGGAAACAGGUAAACAUGUGAAACUUCCAGAUCCAGAGGCAGAGAAAGGCACUGAUGACCCAGAGGCCUCUGCUGAGACGGGCCUAGAUGAUGCCAUGAAGGUGGAUGAGAUGGAGGGCCACAAAGACGGUAAGAGAGAUGAUGGAGCCAGAGGUGAGCCGAAGAAAGACAGAGACGCCAUGAAGAAAGCCGAAACGGGAGAUAAAGAAAAGGAAUCUGGGAAGAAAGGCCCCUCCGCUACUGGGGCAUCAAGUCGAGCAAAGAGCUCUUCAAGGGACAGAGAUGGAAAAGCUACAAAAGAUGAAAAGGGAGCUGUCGGCGGCAACAGCAGCAGUUUUUCUCGCAACAUCUGGGUGAGCGGCCUGUCUUCAAACACCAAAGCAGCGGAUCUAAAGAACCUGUUUGGAAAAUAUGGGAAGGUUCUCAGCGCCAAGGUGGUCACAAAUGCUCGGAGUCCUGGUUCAAAAUGUUACGGCCUGGUCACCAUGUCGUCCAGUGCAGAGGUGACACGGUGCAUCUCCCAUCUUGACUGCACAGAGCUCCAUGGACAGCAGAUAUAUGUGGAAAGGGCCAAAAACGAUCCAUUCAAGAAGGAGCCCUCAAAGAAGGAAGCAGAGGACAAAUCAAGCUCCAGCAAAUCAAAUGACAAGCGCAGCUCCACAGGGAUGAAACUGACGAACAAAGCACAGCCGUCCUACAAAAAAGAAGACAAACUUUCAGAAAAGGACAGAGAUUUAUCCAAGAAACAAGAGGCAAGAAGUGAAAAGUCUGAGUCAAUGUCACCUGGUCCAGGACAAGACCCUCUGAAGAAAGACGACAGAAAGCAUGGGCGGACCAAGAGCCCAGGCAAGAUGGGGAUGAUGGAUUACCCCAAAGGAGAUUCUAACUUUGGCAAAAUGAGACCUUUCAGAAGGGGACGGUAUUUUGAGAAACCCUUCAACCCCAAUUUUCAGAGACGGCCAAAGUGGUUGAUUCCUCCUGAAGAGUUGGAGAUGAUGAAAGACAGACCGCGACCUUUUAUUAACAAGGGGGAAGAAAGAGACAUCUUGCCUUUUGACAAGAUGAAGGAGCAGAAGGAGCAGCGGAUGCGUGAACGGAUGGCUCGCCUGGAGCGUGUCCGUAGAGCUGUGGAGUUGCGCAGACGGCGUGAAAUUGCGGAACAAGAACGACGGGAGCGUGAACGGGAGCGUGAAGAACGGGAGAAUCUGCUUCGGGAACGCCAGAGACUAGAGAUGGAAAGACAAAAAUUGGAAAGGGAGCGUCUGGAGAGGGAGAGGCUCGAGAGAGAACGAAUUCGUAUAGAGCAGGAAAGGCGUAAAGAGGCAGAGCGCAUGGCACGUGAACGCGAGGAGCUGCGCAGGCAGCAGGAGCACUUCCGCUAUGAGCAAGAAAAAAGAAACAACCUCAAGAGAGGGCGUGAAGUGGAACAUGGUCGGAGAGACGAGCCCUAUUGGAACGGCAACAAAAAGAUGCCGCCAGAGUCCGAGGUCCGCAUGAACCAAGGCUCCAACUACAGCAGGCAGCAGAAUCGCUUUUCAAACUUCAGUCCCAGGGAAAGGGGUCGUUUCCCAGAGGCUGCUGCUGAACAGCCCAACACAUAUGACAGGCGUAACAGGUUUGACGCUGAGCCAGAGGUGAAGAAGAGUCGGCCUGGCCCACACAGGGAGGCCUCUGGCUUUGACCGCUACCCCAAAAACUUUGAAACAGUCCGCAGAGCUGAGCCGCCUCCCCCUCCGCGCGCCGAACUACGGGACACCAACCGACGGGACCGAGACGAGAGACGCCCCGCCCCCAUGCACGACCGCCCUGUGGUAGCCAGGGCCGCAAUGCCUGGCAUGUCGCACAACCGGCCGCCUAGGGACGGAGGGCAUGGAUGGAAGAACAACAGCGGCGGAAUUAACUCCAACAAGGGAGAUAUGCGGGGGCCUAUGCGAAUGCGUGCAGAGCGAUCAGGCAGAGAGGGUCCAGGUCCCGCACUCAGAGGAGGCCCCUCAGUCAGCCGUGGAAGGAGCUUUAAUGAUCAAGAUGAAGGAAGGCCCAUGGUGAUGAACAGUCAGCCGUUCAGCUCCGGCCGCCAGGUCGUGGUGGAACGUCACGGCAGGGAGCAGGGUUUGAGGAAGGAGUGGCACGGUGGAUCAGGCUCUCAGGGCGGUGGUUUCCCUGAUAAUCGCAGAAUGGGAGACACGAGGGGCGGCCUGAUGGCCCCUUCCAGUCACUCUUCUUCGGGAAUGAGCCGCAUUGUACAGAUAACCAACAGCUCCAUUCCCAGCGGUGGCAGCGUCAGUGGAUUCAAGCCCUUCAAAGGAACGCCACGGCCGUUCUAGCUACGACCACUUUCUGCCACUGUAAAGCACCUGGAAAUCUGAAGACUUUUCUGAAUUCUUUAUUUUUAGAAAAUCGACCAAUUUUGGUGGCACAUUUGAGGCCGUGAGGUUGAUGACGCUAUUUUAUUUUGUAUAGAAAAGUGUUUACCCCAGUGUAGGGUUUUCCUGGCAGUUCUGCUGUUAACAUUAAACAGCCCUGUGCACAAGUUUUAAUAAUGUUUAGGAAGUUCUUGUACAGCCCUAGGUCUUUGUAACGAGUUUUUGAGUGAUUUUACAACUUCUCUUAUGAGUGUUGUAUGUACAUUUUCUGUAGCCUAGUGACACUCAGUUUUCCUAUGUAAUGUCUUACUUUAGUGUAUUAUAAUAGAGCGUGAAGUGACAGGGAUAACAUUUGAUAACAGAUGACGCUAGGAAUAUUUUUUUUUUUUUCUUUUUGUUUUGUUGGAUAAAGUCAUUCUUGGCGUGGAUGUCUUGUUUUGUAAAGGUUAGUUGGAUUUCCUAAAACGGUAUGAAACUGUAAAAUAGCCUGCCUUGUAUUAAGCUACACGCGCUGGUCAUGGGUUGAAUUAAAUACAGGUCUGUGUCAGAAAUAAAAUUCAACUUUCUAGUCUGUUACUGCAGAACGUUUGAUGGUGCCAGUGUACCAGGAAGGACUAUAACAUCGUUUGACAAAUCUGGUUUGAAUUCUUGUUUUAGUCAGUUCUGAGCUUGCAGUGAUUUUUUUAUAAGAUGGACACACCUUGCUGCAUCAAUGAACCCUGGGAAACUAGGAGGACGGACUUGGCUUGUGGCAUGCGGAGUGUUUGGUCUGAAUAGUGGUCAGACCCUUUUAGUGUUUUUGGUGUUUGUGCCAGCUGUGACUAAACCAUCACCUGGACUCUGAGGAGGUACCUCUUUAGACUUUUGUUCAGUCAUUUCAAUGCUAUUUAUUUUUUCAUUUAAUUAAAAAAAAAAAAAAAGAAAAGCUUCUUGAACCUUCGGUUUGACCACUUCUACACAUCCAGGACUGUCAUGCAUGUACUUGGACUCACAUCGCACAAUCUUUACCCACACACCUGUUGUAACCGGUCGAUGAAGCUUGAUUAAAUGACAAAAAAAGUUGGAA